UCACUAUCUGUAUAUUUUGCUCCCACAGUUUGUUUUGCAAUCGUCGUGGAUUGCUUCAUACUGUCAACAUAUCUUUAUGUCUUAUUCUUCAAACUUCAUAAGUAAUACUUGUCUUUUGAAAACAAAUAUGUCCAACAUCAGCGUUUCCAUUGCCGAUACCAUAGCAAAUGGUACAUCUCCUGUUUUGGACAUAAAUCCUGUUCUUGGAAGCGAGUUAAGUAUCCACAACAGAUUCUUCUUGAAAUAUCCACUUGUGCCAUAUUCAAUGGUUUCCUUUUAUAUUCUGUUUGUGGAAUGGAUUGGGCCAGAAAUGAUGAAAUAUCGGAAACCUUAUUCCCUUCAAAAAGUCCUGAUUGUGUAUAAUCUGUUACAAGCUUUUGCAAAUCUUUGCAUUGCUUAUACUGCUAUAGAUGGUAUAAUAAAAUAUUGGGAUUCCCGCUGCCUUAUCAGAAAUAGUCCAAAACUUCAAGAAAUGUUGGAGGCAGCUUUGAUGCCCGCAUACAAUUUAUACAUUAUAAAGUUCAUAGACCUUUUAGAUACGGUAUUCUUUGUACUUCGCAAAAAACAAAGCCAAGUAUCUUUUCUACAUGUUUUUCACCACGCUGGGAUGUGUCUCAUCUACUACUGGGGUUUAAGCAUCCUGUAUAAAGCUCCAGGAUUCUAUAUGGCCGUAGGUUUUGCUAUCAAUACAGUGGUCCACGUCAUCAUGUAUACGUAUUAUGGCCUUUCUGCUAUUGGGCCGAAAAUGCAGAAAUAUUUGUGGUGGAAGAAGCAUUUGACUCGUCUUCAAAUUGGACAAAUCUUUUUCAUUCUGAGCUACAUGUUGUAUGGAUUCUUAACUGGAUGCGAAGAAUUCGGAAACAUGGAAUUUUAUGGAUUUGCUUAUGGAUCUAUAACACUUUUGUUAUUUCUCAACUUUUAUAGAAAAUAUAAACAGCAUUAACAAAAUGUAAUUACACGCUGCGUGUUUGUAUUUUGUAUUAAAACUUGGAAGUAUUAUAUUGUUUUGUAGACACCAUGUCAUCGCUAUAAAAGUUUUAUUUUUAUUUGCAGGAAAUUUGUAAAACUAUUUCUU